GUAAGACGGCGUUAGUUGUUACAGUCGCCAUUACGCUUGUGGUGUGGUGUGUUCGCCAAUAGAACCCUGCACCAUACACGCACUAUAUUUAUAUAUUUUUAGAUAUUAAGGCAACAGUUUUAAUUAAAAAUAUUGUAAAAUUAAAUCGUAAUUAUCUCCUUAAUCAAGUUUUAAUCUUAAUAUCUGUACCACGUAAGCAAAAUCAAACAGGAAAAAUAAAACGAGGAGCGCGAGAGUGAGUAGCAGAUUUUUUGGGGACUUUUGUGAGCGAAGAAAUUUUUUUGAAACACCCAAAAUUCCCCAAGAAGGCAACUUUCUCGCUGUCUUUUCAUUGCGGGAGUGAUAUUACCAUCUAAAUUGCGUGUGGUAUAGAAGGAAAAGAAAACAGCCUGUAAUCCGAAAAGUGUUUCAUUUCUGUUAAGAUCUUUGCUGAGAAAAUUUUGUAAUCCUCUGUGGAUUUUGUGGUGCCUCUAAAACACCUACUUUGUGACCGUUGGAGCAUCCAUCACUGCUGAGCAGCAAGUUUUUUUAAGUCAGACGACAGUUGAAAGUAAUCGCGCAACUGCGUGAGAAUUAGGUGUGAUUGCAUGGUGGUGGUGUGUCACGCAAAGUGUGGCACUUUAUCUCGUGAGCGGCGCAAGCGAACGCAGGAACGACGUGGACGCCAGGGAGACCGCGUGGUGGUGGCUGUGGUGACAGACCGAAGGAGAGAAUUACGUCGCAAGGCGCAACGUGGUCCUCAGUGGGUGUGAAAGUGCAACGGCCACCCGGCGAGCGGACCCCACGUUUCAGUUCACAGCUCAUCCACACCAGACGCCAUCGCGACUUGGGGAAUAUGCGGAUGACUCAAGACAUGGAUGACGACGAGAAAGGGAAACUCUUCGUGGGUGGUCUGUCGUGGGAAACAACGCAGGAGAAUCUCCAGCGAUACUUUGCUCGCUAUGGAGAUGUAAUUGACUGCGUUGUAAUGAAAAACAACGAAUCAGGCCGUUCAAGAGGAUUUGGGUUUGUAACCUUUGCCGAUCCGGGGAAUGUAACGCACGUACUGCAAAGUGGCCCCCACAAUCUCGAUGGACGAACCAUUGAUCCAAAGCCAUGCAACCCACGUACCCUGCAGAAACCGAAAAAGGGUGGUGGAUACCCCAAGGUUUUCCUGGGUGGUUUACCAUCUAAUGUAACAGAAACAGAUUUGCGUGUUUUCUUUGGACGCUAUGGCAAAGUCAUGGAAGUUGUCAUUAUGUACGAUCAAGAGAAGAAGAAGUCUCGCGGUUUUGGUUUUCUCUCUUUUGAAGAUGAAGCAAGUGUUGAGCGGGUUACGAAUGAGCAUUACAUCAAUCUAAAUGGAAAACAAGUUGAAAUUAAAAAAGCCGAACCACGUGACGGUAAUGCAGCCAAUAAGAUCAAUAGUGGCGCUGAAACCAAUCAAUGGGGUCCACCACAGGGGGCUCCUAUGGGUAUGCUACAGGGUCCCAAUGGACAAAUUAAUGCACCACCACUAAAUAUUGCUAUGGGUGCACCAAAUAUGAUGCAGGGGUAUCAAGGAUGGGGAACAUCCCCACAGCAGCAAAGUUUUGGCUAUGGGACACCAAAUGCCCCCGGAUCCUAUCAGGGUUGGGGUGCACCACCUGGACCCCAGGGCCCACCACCUCAUCAGUGGGGAAAUAAUUAUGCCACGCAGCAAACUCAAGGCUAUGGAAGCUAUGAUAUGUAUAACUCGACCACAGGACCAAGCGGUGCAUCUGGUGGUGGUAACUGGAAUGCAUGGAAUAUGCCUCAAAAUAGCGCUGGAACAGGUGGCUCAGUGGCUGAUCGUUUCUUGGCUGGAGAUAUGUAUCCACGGACACAGUCUGGUCCAGGGGGUCCUUCUGGUACAGGUCCUACGGCUGGUAUGCCACCUGGUGGCCCUGCUAAUUCUGCAUCUAAACCUAGUUCCGAUUAUGGUGGCUAUGGAUCCGGAUAUGGGAAUUAUACAAAUGAUCAUACAACAUCAUAUGGUACACGAACUACAUACGGCAACGAAGCCACUUCUCAACCACCCUAUGCUGUUCCCCAACCACAGGAUGAGUUUCUGAAGCAAUACUAAACUCUUAUGGAGGUGUAGGGCAGUUUCUAACAUUUCCCCAUAGUCCUCAACAAACACCUUCGUCAUGUAAGCUCCGGAGAAUUUCAACGUCUUGAGCUGUUUUAGAAUUUGGUUGUUUCUUUUUUUUAACAAUUUUUUUUAUGUCUUGUUCCCCCACCCCCUCCCCAAAAUACUGCGGGAAAAUGUGCUUAUAUGUAGCAAACAAAAGAGUUACUGAGUAGAUGAUUUUAGCGAGAGAGAAAGAGAGAGAGAGAUUUGAGUGAUAAAGGCAUUCAUGUUUAGAUUGAGUUUUUUUUUAAUUAUUUUGUUUUCGGGAAAAACUACUUCUUUUUUUCUUGCGGAACUUAGACAUUAAAGGAUCCAACCUCAAACAAAGAGUCUGUGGCUAUAAGGGGUUAAAAGGUUAUAUUUUUCCAAGUACAAUUUGAGAUUAAAAACAAAUAAAAAAAUAUUUCUAUAAGUCAAUCCUUUUUGCAUUAAUUUUUCUUUUUUUUUGAUAUUCUGUGUUUGUGUAAAUAAAUUAGAUAAAAUAUCUUAUUUGUUGAUUUAUAAGGGGAAUCGUGAGAUUUUGAUGAGAUAUAGUCAUUUAAGAGGUCAAAAAAAAAUGUGGAAUGAUAGAAAAAUAGAAUUUAAAAUGGAAAUUUUUAAAAAGUAAAAUAGAAAAUUUUUGAUAAAAAAAUGUCAAUCUAUUUCUCACACUACUUUGUUUUUAGAUGUUUCACAUCUUAGUUUUUCUGUUUGUUUAGAUAUAAAUAUUUAAUAUUAUACUUUUUUUUAAUAACAAAAAAAAACUACAAAUUAGUAGAAAGAAAACUCACGUCUUUGUUGAGUUUUUUUUGACCUGUGAGAAAUAUGAAAAAGUAAAAUUAAUUACAAUAAAAAAGAAGAUUAAAAAAAACUAGUUAAAUGUAUAUAAAUAUUAAGAAAGAACAUAUAGGUAAAAGUUAAAUGAGAUGAAAGUGAAUCAAGGAAAAAAAUAUAAAAUGCGUAUAUUGCGCGUAAGUUAUUUUCUUUAUUUCAUUUUAUUUUUUCGUAAUUCAAAGAUAGUGUGAGGCAAAAUAAUUUUUAAAUAAAUGAAAAGUAACAAUAAAUAAAAACUUGGAUAGAAAUUACACAGAAAGGGGUAUAUAUUUUUAAGGAAUUUUUUCAUAAUGCUAAGAUUUCUUCCACUUAAGCAUAUCACAUAACUUGAUAGGCAUGAAAGAAAAACCCAAACACUCGAUAACACUUUAGGAUUUUUUUUCUUUAAAUCUGGAUGCAUUUAGCCCUUAAUAUAAAAUGAGAACUUUUAGUGUAACCCACCCCCCCUUAUAGCAAACUUACUCAAAAAAAAAGUUUUUUUAAAGGAUAUUUUUUUUGUUAUAAAAUGUUUGAGGAGGAUCCAAUUUAGAGAAAGAAAAAAAUAUGCGAAAAUGGUCAAAAUGUGACAAUAGUAUUCAGGAGAUUUAAGUAUAUAAAUGGGAUUGCUAAUGUGGAAUUUCUUCUUAUCAAGAAAUUCCACACUCAAAAUUCCCACAUGAGACGAUUUAAUAUUGUUUUCUCUUUUAGUAAAAAAAAACCGCCACAUAUUUUAAGAAUCAUGUGCACUAUAUAGAUAUUGACUAAACACUAAGAUUGUAGAGCAUAACUAAACAAACAAACAAAAAAGAACCUAACUAGUACUAGAAGAAGAAGAGACAUAAUGUAAAAUCAAUUUGCGAUGAAUUAUGUACUAGAAAUGAUGGAUUAAGGCAAAAAAAAAUACAAAAAUUAAAAAUGAAACAAACAACUUAGACGAUAAAAAAUGUUUUCAUUAGAAAAAAAAAGAAAAAUAUAUUAUACCUAUAAUAGAAACAUUUGAAGAAGAAAAAAAUAUUAAUGAAAAGUAAAUGAUUUGCGGGAAUUAAAAAAGAAGAAAAAAAAAUAGAAGAUGAACCAUAUAUAAGUACAUAAAAUAGAGAAAGUAGGGAAAUAUUCGCCUAGGAAUGGAGAAAGGUAGAGUGAGAUACCACAUAAGAUCUUUAAUGUAGAAGAAGCAGAGAGAGAGAGAUAUUUUGGGGCAAAUUCAAAAUGAUUAAAAUUAAACAAACAAAAAAAAUGCACCGAAAAGGGAGUUUAAAAAAAUAACAAUCAAAAACAUUAUAUUCAUAAACACUAAUUAUACAUGAUAUGGUAAAUGAAAAAAAGAAAAAAAAACAACAAAGAUAAACAAGAUAAUUUAACAUAAUAAAAACAUUAUUGAUUUAAAAUAAAUAUAAUGUGAGGAUAUAUAGGUAACAUAUAUUAUACAAAAAUAAUUUUUCGUUAAAACAAAACAAUACGAAUCCUGGUAGUAGGAGGAUUUUCUUUUUUUUUUCUUUCAAAAUGAAGUCAUCACACACACACAAAUAAAUGUGAAUUAUAAAUUAGAAUUAAGUAUUAUUGUAUACAUUGCCUUUCAAAAAAAAAACGUAGAAUAAAAAAAAAUGAAACAAUAUAUAUUUAGCAUCAGAAGACUUAACCCACUUGCUUGGCAUUUGGAUUGAUUUUAUUAUUACUACUACUACUAAAAUAGAUUUAUUAACCCAUUUUUGACAUCAUAAAAAAUCGCUCAAAAAAUUGUAGGCGUAAUGGCAUACAUAUUGCCUAUAUACACACAUAUAGGAUGUAAUAAGGAUGAGAUUUUUUUCUGACUAAAAGGAUGACCAACAAAUCACUAUAUCAAAAUUUUUAUUUUUAAAAUAUAAAAAAAAGUUUAAUAAAAUUGAGCAGUAAGCACAAACUGAUUAAAAAUUUAAGAGAAAGUAUAUUAUUAGUAGAGAAAGAUACUUGACUCAAGAUAAAGGAGUAUAUUCAUAGAUAUAUGAAAAAUUUCCUUAUUCGUGGAACAGCUAAGACACAGAACUUAAGAAAUUGCAAAAGAAACUUUUAAUUUUCAAUUGGGAACUUGUAGAAAAAAAUCCGUCAAAGAUUGACCAAAAAAUACGUCGACAUUUUUGUCUUUUUAAGUGUUUAAAACAUUGUUUUUACCACAAAAAAUACAUUCUUUGGCGAACUAAAACAUGCCUUAAAUGCUCUACAAAUCAGGAAAAUUUUCAUAUUUCACUGAAUAAACUCCUUUUGCUUACUACCAAUGUUUGAAAUUUGCAAUAAAAUUCAAUGAUUUAUGAUUCAUUUCUUUUUUUAAUUGUUUAAUUUAAAGUACACAGUAAUUUUUUAAGUAUUCUUUUUUUGUCUCUGUUAAAAAAAAUAAUAAUAAUAAAUCCAAUGAUUCAGUUUAAGUGAAUUUUGUAUAUUUUUUUUCGUUUAAUAAUUAUUAUUCUAAAAUAAUUUGAAUGUGAAACAUUUUUAAGGACAAUAGUUAUAAACUAUAGGUACCUACAUACUUUUUUUUUCUUGUUUUCUGAAAAUUUAUAUACAUAUUAUAGGAUGUCUGAGAGAUUUUCAAAAAUAAAUAAAUAAAAAUUAAAAAAAAAAUAAAUAUAUGUGUGUGUGUGUGUUUAAGAAAUCCUUCAGACUUACCAGGGGGCGUAUUUACAGUCAAGCUCGUAAUAUUGGGCUGUCCUACUGUGCGAACUUGACUGUAUUACAAACAUACAUAUAAUAGUAAUAAACCUUACCUACACUUAUAAAAAAACUUCUAACAAAUCUAUAUGUCGUUAUAAAAAAUCUAUGUUAUUAUACACAUUUUAUACCUACUACAUAUUAUUAAAACUUAUUAUUUCAUCGUUUACAAAAUGUCUCAUUAGUUGAAAACUUUAAUUUUUUUUUAAUUUCUUUUAUUAAGUUACAAAAUAAAAAAAAUCUUUUCUUGUAUUAUUUUCUAGAGAAACAAUGGAAUCAAUUAAUGUCUUUAUUUCUGUUUUCCUACACUGACUGAUUAAAGAAAAAAACUACAAGAACUAUUAUCUAAUUUUAAAAUAUUGCAAAAUCAUUGCAAGUAAAAACACGAGUAUAAAUUAAUCUAGUAAAUUCUAAAUUUUAUAUUCUUUUAUUUUUUUUUUCAUUAAAUUUAAAUUACAAGUGCACUCUGGUAAAUCAUAAGAACUUAUCCAAAUGUAAAAUGUAAGAAUAAUUUUCCUUUCUUUAUAAAAAAAAUAAAAUUAAAAAAGAAAACGUUGUUUCAGUAAAGUUUAAUGGGAGUAACUAAAUUUUUUGAAGAAAAAAAAAAGAACAUUUGAGAAAGUGAAUUAAAAAAAAUACAUAUAUAAGAGAGUAGUUAAAGAAUAAAGGACCUGUUAUUCACUAUUAUAAAGAGAAAAAAAGCGAAGUUAAUAUGGUAAGAAGCUUUUAUAUUUAAAGAAAAAAUUGAAAUGUUUAAAAUAAUUUUUAUCUAAUUUUCAAAAUAACUGAAUUUAAAAGAAGAAAAAAAAACAUAGAAGAAGAAAGCCCUUAAACUUACGCAUGAAUAUGAUGGAAAUUGAGAGACGUAAUAAAGAUAAAAUAAAGCUAAAUAAAAAAAAAUAAAAUUAAUAUGAGAAAUAUAUAAUUAUAAAAUUACUCUUAGAAUGUAUUAAGUAAAGGAAUAUUAUUAUUACAUAACAUACACAGAUGAGACAUGAGAAAUUGAAUUAAUAAAAAAAAUCCAUUGUAACAGAUAUUUCUAAUUUAAAAAAAAGCAUUGAUAAUAAUUGUAUAUAUUGAUAUAUUAAAAAAAAAUAUUGAGUAAAAAAAGGCAAAAUACAAGAAAACACAAUUUUACUUUUCAUAUUUCAAAACAGAAUAGAGAAAGGAAGAAAACUUUGGAAAUAUUAUUAAUAGUAAAUGAUCAAGAUGAGAUGGAAUAUACAAAAAAAAAACCUGAGAGAUAAAUAUUAAACAAAAAAAGUAAAAAAAAAAACUAAAAUUAUUAAACAAUUAUUGUAACACAGCAAAUAUAUUAAUAUUAAAUAAAGUACUGAAAUAGUGAGUUUCAGUUAGCAUUUUAGUGUUUUUAGCAUUAACAAUUUACCAAUAGUAACUAUAUUACAAUUGAGAUGAUAUAAAAGAAACGUUUUCAAUGUGAUUUAAAAUACAACAAAAAAAUUUACAAAAAAAAUAAAUAAAACACACCAUGAGACAAAAUAAACGAAAUAAAAUACACUUAAUACUAAAAAAAA